AUGUUUCUUCUUAAUUGGUUUGGAGGUAAUAGCAAUUAGAGUGGAAAGAACAAGAAAAAGAAGAAGAAGUAAAAUGUGGUGUAGAAUCUCAACAAGACUUUGAUAAAUCCAAUGAAAGAAAUCAAAUUAUUUGGACAUUCAAAGAUGGGAUAUGGUCCCAAAAAGACUGAAUGUCAAGAUUCUUAUUGUACUAUGGAAAGAUUUACUGAAGAUUGUUAUUUUUUCGCAGUGUAUGAUGGUCACGGUUCCUCAGGCAAAGAAGCAUCCUAGGCAGCCAAUGAUUAUAUUUAAACUUUCCUCGAGAAAAACCCAAAGAGAAUCAAAGCAUUAUAGAAUGAUAAACAAAGAGAGAGUUUUUUGAAGAGUGCUUUUAAAAAUGCUGAAGCUAAACUAAGAUCAUCUGGUAUAGAUUACAGUAAUUCUGGAACAUGUGCAAUAUCAAUAUUUGUAGUUAAGAAUAUGUGUUAUAUUGCCAAUCUGGGUGAUUCUAGGGCAGUACUAUUUAGAUAAACUGCAAAAGAGAAACUGGCCAUUGAAUUAUCCUAUGAUCAUAAACCAACAAGACCAGAUGAGAAGGAGAGAAUCAUAAGAUGUGGGGGUAAAAUCGAAAGGCUGAUUCAUGAUGGUUAGCCAGUUGGACCAUAUCGUAUUUGGGCAGACGAUGAAGGGCCAGGAAUUGCCAUGACUAGAACAUUGGGAGAUUUGCAAGCUAAGAAGAUUGGUUUGAUUUCCGAACCAGAAGUCUAACAUAUUGAAUUAACAAAAUAAGACAAAUUCAUGGUAAUUGGAUCGGAUGGUGUUUGGGAUGUGAUGAGUAGUGCAGAAGUCUGUGGAUUUGUUUUAAAACAUGAGCCUAAGGAGAGUGUGGCUGAAGCUAUUGUUACUGAAUGUAGAUCCAGAUGGGAUGAAAUGAACAAGUAAAAGAAGACAAAUUCUAAGAUUGGAGAUUUACCAUACCUGAAAUUCGGUUGUGAUGAUAUUACUGCUGUAAUUGCUUAUUUCACAUUUAUUGAUGAAUUGGAAGACAACUAUUUCCAAUAACAGAGAUAUUGA